AAAAACACAGAGCUAGCAGGAGGCUGUAAUGCCACCGAACCAAACAACCGCAGAAAUUACGAUGUUUAUCGCUCGGAUUAGGCGGUAAACUUCACGGAAUACUAAUGCUGGCGCGCUGAGAAGCUUCUUUGACACCAUGAAUUUAAGAGGACUCUUUCAGGACUUUAAUCCGAGUAAGUUCCUGAUCUACUCCUGCCUGCUGCUGUUCUCCGUGUUGUUGUCCUUGAGGCUGGAUGGAGUCAUCCAGUGGAACUACUGGGCGGUGUUCACCCCAAUAUGGCUGUGGAAGCUGCUGGUCAUCAUCGGGGCCUCUGUGGGCACCGGAGUCUGGGCGCACAACCCCCAGUACAGGGCCGAGGGCGAGACGUGUGUGGAGUUCAAAGCCAUGCUGAUCGCGGUGGGGCUCCACGUCCUGCUGCUGAUGUUCGAGGUGUUAGUGUGCGACCGCGUGGAGAGAGGACACUACUUCUGGCUCCUCGUCUUCAUGCCGCUCUUCUUCGUGUCGCCCGUCUCUGUAGCAGCCUGCGUCUGGGGCUUCAGACACGACCGCUCCCUGGAGCUGGAGGUUUUGUGUUCAGUCAAUAUUCUCCAGUUCAUCUUCAUCGCUCUGAGGCUGGACAAAAUCAUCACCUGGCCGUGGCUGGUGGUGUGUGUCCCGCUGUGGAUCCUGAUGUCCUUCCUGUGCCUUGUUGUCCUCUACUACAUCAUCUGGUCUGUCCUCUUCCUCCGCUCCAUCGACAUCAUCGCCGAGCAACGGCGGACUCACAUCACCAUGGCGAUCAGCUGGAUGACCAUCGUCGUGCCCCUGCUCACCUUUGAGAUCCUUCUGGUGCACAAGCUGGACGGACACAACAGUCUGAGCUACGUGUGUGUGUUCGUCCCUCUGUGGCUCUCGCUGCUCACACUCAUGGCCACCACGUUUGGCCAGAAGGGCGGAAACCACUGGUGGUUCGGCAUCCGGAAAGACUUCUGCCACUUCCUCUUGGAGCUCCUCCCCUUCUUGCGAGAGUACGGGAACGUGUCCUACGACCUCCAACGCAGCGAGGACCCCGAGGCGAUCGAGGAUCUGCCCGUCCCCGAGCCGCCGCCAAAGAUCGCCCCCAUGUUCCACAAGAAGACGGGCGUGGUGAUCACACAGAGCCCGGGGAAAUACUUCGUCCCGCCGCCAAAACUCUGCAUCGACAUGCCCGACUAACCGCAUCGGAGCUGAAAGGGACCGCUGCGCUGACGCGUUCAAGUCACGGAGCCAAAACAGCAGAAGACACUGAGUUUGGGUUUUAGCUGCUGUCCUAAAGGAUUUGAUCCACUUAUCUUAGACUCCGACACGAGAGACGACUAACGGAUCCAGAAUCCUCACAUCGGCUGUUUUGAAGGAACGACUGCCCUGCCGAACUCCUCCGAGGACUGAACCCAAAGAGAGGACUGCUUAGGACUAACCACAGGAGACCCAGAGGAGCUGGAUCGGCGCCGACUUGUAUAUUUGACUCCAGCAGCAGUCUUUGACUCAGACGUGCUCGAGAGACGAGGUGGACGCUUGUCUUUCUUCAUGAUGGGGACCAUUGGAGAGACUGUAGCUUGAAUUUGGGAUCAUUGUACUCUUUUUGAAUACGCUUACAUGCACAAAAUAAUCCGGUUUUGCCCGAAUUCAGAAAAAGACAAUAUUCUGCUCGUUCUCCGAAUAACGCGUCUCCCAAAUGGUCCAGUCACGCGUCCAGAUUUCUCCUAACGGUUCUUGUGUGAAAUGUUGAACUUAAACGAUUUAGCCUUUUGUUCAAAUGACAUCAGCAUUUUGGUGGCCUGAAAAAACGCGUGCAAUUUUUUUGAAAACGCCAACUUUUCUGUCACCAAUGAGCGUUUCCGGUGAGAACGGUGACGUUGCGGUCACACUUUGAGCUCGGUGUUCUUCUGUAGUGCGUCAUUACAAAAUUACUCGCCAACUACGAACCUGGCAUGCACGCUAAAGCGUUUUUGCAGAUCCGCGUACACGAGGAUCGUUGUCACGAUGGUAUCAUGUGAACGCGGAUUUUUCUGAACAAAUGAGAGAUUUUUCUGUCUCUAGAUAUUCAAUAUUAUUUCUGGAAAUGUAAACAACACGUUGGCUAAUAAAACAGCGCAAGAUUAAAUAGAAACAGCACUUCAAAAUAAAAGCUCUGUGCAAAAAAAUUCACUGUACUUCAAAGAAAAAAGUGUUUUUGUUUUGUUUUUUUUUGCAAACUUGAGACGUUCAUAAUUCACUUGCGGUCCGAUCCGACUCGACGUAUUAAAAGAGCCGUAACCGCUUCUCAGUUUGUUUUUCUUUUGCAUCAAAAUAGUUUUUUUUUCACAGUUCUGGUGGUGGAUGCGUUGGACCAUGCGAGCUCCGCCUCCUCUUUCAUUCCUUCAGCCGCACUUUUGAAAAGUUCACUCUUCGAUAUUUGUGCUCAUCCGAAACACUGUUAAUAUCCAAACCAUCAUAAUGUUUAAAAACCAGGUGUGUUUGUCCUCGUGAACAGAAACGUGGGCUUUUGUUGUUUUGCUUACAACGUUUCCAUGACAACACACA